UCCUUAUUAGUAGUAUCUUAUUCAACCACUACUCGUCUCCCUCCCUUUUUCCUCACUCGGCAGACGUCUUGAUUUUGACUUCAAUCUCUCAACUUUCAAGUUUCAUCCACAUCUCUGUUUCUUUUUCAAAGAUCCAGCUUUAAAACUACAGCUACCUUUCCCUCCUGCUAUGGAAAUCUCGUAAAUUGGAAUAUUCCCUAGCCAGCCCAGCCCAUUCCUGCUUUGCCAAAAUUCUGAUCUGGGUAUUCAUCUUUCCUCCUGGAAUUGACUUGGAAUGGCUCCAAACUCAGUUGUGGUGACAAUGGUGGAGAAGCCUAAUAACUUCUCGGUAGUAGAGAUCCACGGCUCAGAUUCAUCCUUCUUCCCUGAUAAAGACAAGGCCGUAAGUCCUAAGCAGUUCACGUGGUUUCUCCUUCUGAAAGCCAACAAAGCUCUCACCUGUGUUUCGUGGCUGUCUACGGCUUUCCGAGCCAUGAUUGUCUCAGUCAAGAAACGUACUACCUUGUCUGAUGACACGAGCGAUGAAGAGCCCAAAAGCAGAGGAAGAUUGUACAAAUUUCUCAAAGCUUUUCUUGUCAUCUCCGUUGUAGCUCUGCUAGUAGAACUCAUCGCUCAUUUCAAGAAAUGGAACGUGAAUUCGUGGGAGGUUGAAGGUGUCGUUCAUUGGUCCUAUAUGGCCUGGCUUUCCUUUAGAGUUGAUUACAUUGCUCCUUUGCUCGUCACUCUUUCCAAGUUCUGCACUCUGCUUUUCUUGAUCCAGUCUUUUGAUCGACUGGUUCUCUGUCUUGGCUGUUUUUGGAUUAAGUACAAAAAGUUGAAGCCCAGAAUUGAUGGUGAUCAGGCCUAUGAUGUGGAAAAUGACUCGAGUUUCCCGAUGGUUCUUGUUCAGAUUCCCAUGUGCAACGAAAGAGAGGUGUAUGAACAAUCAAUUGCGGCUGCCAGUCAACUUGAUUGGCCAAAGGACAGAAUCUUAAUUCAAGUUCUAGAUGACUCAGAUGACGCAAAUUUGCAACUUCUAAUUAAAGAAGAAGUCUCUUCGUGGCGUCAAAGAGGUGUCAACAUAAUCUACAGGCAUCGGCUAAUCAGAACCGGUUACAAAGCGGGCAAUCUGAAAUCAGCCAUGGCUUGUGAUUAUGUUAAAGACUAUGAGUUCGUGGCAAUAUUUGAUGCAGAUUUCCAGCCAAACUCUGAUUUCCUCAAACAGACUAUUCCUCACUUCAAGGCAAAUCCAGAACUGGGUCUAGUUCAGGCUCGCUGGUCGUUUGUGAACAAAGAUGAGAAUUUGCUCACCAGGCUUCAAAACAUCAAUCUCUGCUUCCAUUUUGAGGUAGAACAACAAGUGAAUGGCGUCUUCCUCAAUUUCUUUGGAUUCAAUGGAACCGCAGGCGUGUGGAGGAUCAAAGCUCUCCAGGAAUCAGGAGGUUGGCUAGAGAGAACGACAGUCGAGGACAUGGACAUUGCAGUUCGAGCACAUCUCAAUGGUUGGAAAUUCAUCUUUGUCAAUGAUAUUAAAGUAGUAUGUGAAUUACCAGAAUCUUAUGAAGCUUAUAAGAAACAACAGCAUCGAUGGCAUUCUGGUCCUAUGCAGUUGUUUCGCCUAUGCCUGUCUUCCAUUAUAAAUUCCAAGAUUUCGUUCUGGAAAAAGGCCAAUCUUAUAUUUCUUUUCUUUCUUCUGAGGAAACUCAUACUACCUUUCUAUUCAUUCACCCUCUUCUGUAUUAUACUUCCAUUAACCAUGUUUGUACCUGAAGCUGAGCUCCCUAUGUGGGUGAUCUGUUAUAUCCCCAUUUUCAUGUCUUUCUUGAACAUUCUUCCUGCACCAAAAUCAUUCCCUUUCUUGGUUCCUUACCUUCUUUUCGAGAACACAAUGUCUGUCACAAAGUUCAAUGCCAUGAUCUCAGGAUUGUUUCAGCUAGGAAGUGCUUACGAGUGGAUCGUGACAAAGAAAACAGGCAGAUCAUCUGAAUCUGAUCUGCUAGCCUUCGCGGAGAAAGAAGAGAAGCUACUGAGAAGGAACUCUGAGUCUGGUUUACAAGAGUUGAGUAAACUCAAGGAGCAAGAAGUUUGUCCUGUAAAGAAAAGAAAUAGAUUAUACAAGAAGGAACUUGCUCUUGCUUUUCUACUGCUCACAGCAGCUGCAAGAAGCUUGUUAUCCUCCCAUGGUGUUCAUUUCUACUUCUUGCUUUUCCAGGGGUUGUCUUUCCUAGUUGUAGGCUUGGAUUUGAUUGGUGAACAGAUUAGCUAGUUCGGGAUUUGGUUGUUUAAUCAGGUUUUUUAUUGUUUUUUUUUUUUUUUCUUGGGGGCUGAGUUUCAUUAUACAGAGAGUUUAAGAAAGAUUCCUGGUUCUACUGGAAGGCAAACCUGAGAUAGAGCUGGAUUUCAGUAUUGCUAGAAAUAUAAAGUGAUUAUUAAUUACCAGGUAACGCAAAUAGAUAAAAGUUGCACUUCAUUUAUAUACAGUUUAAUGUUGGUUGUGUAUCAUCAAUUACU